ACUUUGAUAACAUUCUCCAAACUUGACUACCUAAAUUUCAAGCUCAUACUAUUUUCGCCGGUAAUACGUCGCUCAACUGGAUGCUUCUGAGAACCGAUAGAUUUUAUUAUGGAUAUUGUGGUGAAUAGUGAAAACGUAAAAUAUACCAAUGAUUAUAUCGAAAGUCAUUAUGCUUACAAAUAUAAUAAAACUGAAAAAAUUGGAGAUAUUAUAGAGGUUACGCCGCUUUCGGAAAAAUUGGUAUUUAGAACAUCAAGAAAAAUACCCAAAUUGGGUGUUAUGUUAGUUGGAUGGGGUGGGAAUAACGGAUCUACAUUUACGGCAGCUGUUAUAGCUAAUAAACUUAAAUUAUCAUGGCCGACUAAAAAACACGUUCAAAAAGCUAACUGGUAUGGAUCCAUUACACAAACUGCAACCGUAUGCGUGGGCGAUGAAAUAUACGUACCCAUUUCAAAAUUAUUACCCAUGGUACAUCCAGACGAUAUAGUGAUCGAUGGUUGGGAUAUUAGCGCAUGUAAUUUGGCCGAGUCUAUGGAAAGAGCUCAAGUAUUGGACUUAUCUUUGAGAGAACAAUUAAGACCGUAUUUGGAACCGAUGAAACCGAGACCUUCAGUUUACGUACCCGAGUUUAUUGCUGCCAAUCAGAAAUCGCGAGUAGACAACAUCAUCCCGGGUAACAGAAAAGAACAACUGGAAAAAAUCAAAUCGGAUAUCGAAGAAUUCAAACAAACGAACAAUUUGGAUGAAGUAAUCGUUUUAUGGACGGCGAACACCGAAUGUUUCAGCGAAAUCGUUGAAGGUAUCAACGACACAGCUGAAAAUAUCAAAAUGGCAAUUCUAUCCGAUAACAAGAACAUACCUCCUUCGGUAUUAUUCGCUUACGCUGCUAUAUCUGCAGGAUGUACUUACAUCAACGGUUCACCACAAAACACUUUCGUACCCGGAAUAGUAGAUUUUGCAGAGAAAGAAGGCGUCUUCAUAGCCGGAGACGAUUUCAAAUCCGGUCAAACGAAAAUUAAGAGCGUACUUGUUGAUUUUUUGAUCGGAGCCGGUAUUAAACCAGUCAGUAUUGUCAGUUAUAAUCAUCUCGGAAAUAACGACGGAAAGAAUCUGUCAGCUCCGGAGCAGUUUAGAUCAAAAGAAAUAUCUAAAAGUAACGUUGUAGACGAUAUGGUUAAUUCAAACGAUAUUCUUUACGCACCGGGAGAAAAACCUGACCACGUAGUUGUAAUUAAAUACGUUCCUUUCGUUGGUGAUUCUAAAAGGGCGUUAGACGAAUACACCUCGGAAAUAAUGAUGGGCGGUCUGAAUACAAUUGUCAUUCACAACACUUGCGAGGAUUCCUUGUUGGCUACCCCUAUUAUUCUCGAUUUGAUUAUCUUAGCAGAUAUUUUCUCUCGUAUCAAAGUUAAAAGAGAAGAAGAUCCAGAUGAAGAUUAUAACGGUUUUCAUGUGGUUUUAUCGAUUUUGAGUUAUCUUUGCAAAGCACCUAUGGUACCGAAACAUACACCGGUAGUUAAUGCUCUUAAUAAACAGAGGGCGUGCAUCGAAAAUGUUUUAAAAGCCUGUAUAGGUUUGGCACCUGAAAAUAAUAUGACUUUGGAACACAAGGUGCCCUUUUUAAUGCAGAAACAAGAAAAAUUAAACAAGGAAUCCAAAGAAUUAAAAGUAGAGAAAAUGGAACAAUUGAGUAAUUAAUAGAAUGUGUGGAUUAUUUUUAUAAUUUAAAAAAAAAGUGGUUGAGAAUGCUGUAUAUUAAUUCGUAGAUCUGACGGUAUUCUUUAGGUAUAAAUUAUUUAUACAUUAUUUUGGAUGUUCUAAGUGAAAUUUUGGAUUUUCUGGAUUUCAUUUUACCAGAAAUUACCUUCUUCUAGUUAAAUUUAUUCGUAAAAUUUAUUUUUGAUUCCAAUUUAGCAAAAAAGGCUCUUUAUCUUGUGACAUGUUGGCUUUUCUGAAUUUAACUUGGUGUGAUUCUGUCAAAAAUGGCAUUCAUAGGUCUAAUAUGAUUUUUGGGUUUGAAUUAAUUGGCUUAAGAAAUGUUUUAAGCCAUAUUUUACCUCAAAUUACCUUUUUUGAGUUGAAUUUGACAACAAAAUUAUUUUAAUGAGUUCAAUUUAUCUAGAAAUGUCCAAAUUUGUCUUGUAUAAGUUUAAGUUGGCCAAAAAUUUGCCUUUUUAAGAGAAAUUUUUUUCAAAAAUGGCUUUUAGUCUGAUUUGGUCAAAAUUUAUCAACUUUGAGAGAAAUUUUGUCAGAAAACAUGUUUUCUAAGUUAAAUUUACUGAAAUUUUGGUAUUUUUGUGAUUUAAUUUGGCUAAAUAACCAAACAAUGGCUUUUCUGUAUUCAAUUUGCCUAAAAAAUGGAAUUAAUUGGCUUAAAAAAUGUUUCAAACCAUAUUUCACCUCAAAUUAUCUUUUUAGGUUUUUCGAAAAAAUUCAUUUCUAAUUCGAAUUAAGCAAAAAGGGUUUUUUUCUUGCGACAUUUUGGCUUUUCUGAGUUUCACCUAGUGAGAUUUUGUAAAAAUGGUAUUCAUAUGUCAAAAAAUUGAAUUAAUUGGCUUGAAAAAUGAUGUUUUUGACCAAAUUACCUAUUUCGAGUUAAAUUCAUCAUAAACAUUUAUUUCUGAUUCAAAUUUAGCAAAAAGUGGUUUUCUUCAUGUGACAUUUUGGCAUUUCUGAGCUUAACUUAAUGACAUUUUUUCAAAAAAGGCAUUCAUUGGUCUAAUUUGGUCAAAAAAUUGAAUCAAUUGGCUUGAGAAUUAAUGUUUUAAACCAUAUUAUAUCUAAAAUUACUUUUAUCAAUUUGGCCAUAUAACUCGUUUUUGAGUUUAAUUAAUCAAAAAUGUGUAAAUUUGCCUUUUUCGAUGGAUUUUUUUUCAAAAAUGGCUUUUAUAAGUCUAAUUUGGUCAAAAUUUGAGUGUAAUUUUGCUGAAAAAUGUGUUUUUGAGUUAAAUUUAAUGAAAUUCUAAUAUUUUUAUAAUUUAAUUUGUCCAAACAACCAAAGAAAGGCUUUUCUGAAUUCAAUUUGGCCAGAAAAUGAACAAAAACUGGCUUCUUUUAAAUUGAUUUAUUAAAAAACUGACUAAAAUUUAAUUUGGACAAACAUUGGUAUCUUGUAAUGGAACUGUUCGUCUACUAAUUUAAAUUUUGGUUAAAAGAUAAUCAAAUUUAGUCGAAUAAUGGCUAGUUUGGUCAAAUAUUGAUUUUUCAUUUCAGUUUGGCGAAAAAAUUUGUCUUUUUUUUGAGUUUAAACGAUCCCACAAUGUUUUAUUAUUAAGUUUCAUUUCUUCGAAAAUUUGCUCCUAUGUAUUUAAUUUGAUAAACAACUGGCUUCUCUCAAUUCAUUAUUUAAUUGAAAAAUUGCUUUUCCAAGUCAAAUUUACUCAACAAAGACUGAAAUAUGUCAACUUUUUUGAGUUUUCUUUAUUAAAAAAUUUUUUCUAAGAAAAAGUCAAAUUCAGUUUAUAAAAGGCUUCUCUGAAUCAAAUAUUUGGUUAAAAAAAUGGCCAAAAAUUAUUCUAAAUGAUAUUUCAUUAAAGAUUCUACCUUUUAAGUUUUAUUUACCCCAAAAAAUCGUUUUAUAUCAAUAAUUCUAAUUUAAACGACAAUUGGCUGUUUCGAAUUUAAUAAGUGGUCAAACAACGGUACAUUUUGGCGAAAAUAAAUGUUUUUGAGCUUAAUACAAUCAGUAAUUCAGUUCCCAACUUUGAAUACUGGUCUGAAUCCGAAUUUACAUAAUUCUUGACCACCCUUUAUAUGUUAUGUAUCGAACACGAUUGUUUUGUAUAAUAAAACAUUUUAAUCUGUUUAAUUAUUUCAAAGUAUUAAAUAAAUCCAAUUUACAAAGA